AUGUCGAACGCGUACUACUCGCAGCAGCCUCAAAGGCAAGCUGCCUACGACAAUCCGCUUCACAAUGCCUACCAAGCUCGCUCACAAGCACACCCACAGAUGUCUUCCCAGACCAACUUGUACGCUCCAACCCAGGACGGGGUCGACUACCACCACUACCACGGCGCGGCGCCCUCGCACGCCUUGCAUCCCUACCAAGAUCCGUACAGCACGCUCACACCAGGUGACGAGCGCAUGCGUCCGAGCCUGUCCAACGAGAACCUCAUGCGUCAGACUUCACCCUACGGCGCCAAAGACGCCAACAACUCGUACCUCGAUGAGAGCCAUGACGACACCCUCCGCGGGCGAGGUGCCGACUUUGCGCUCGCCAAGGACGAAGAGUCCGGUCGCUACGGCUUCGGCCGUGGACACCGCAUAGAAGCCACCGACGGCUUGCUCCCCGAUACGCCGCCCGACAUGGACCGGCUCAAUCCAGAGCAGAAGGAGAUCAUGAAGCAGUUCCCGCCGGACCUCGACGACGAGAAUGGCGGCAAAACGGGUCUGCAAGCGGCCAAAGACCUGCUCAAGGGUUGGAAGUCGUGGUUCAAGCUGCGCUACCUGCACUGGUGGGUGAUGUUGAUCGUCGUCGUCGCCAUUGUGGUGCUCACCACCCUCUAUCACAAGCAGAUUGUCGACUGGCUGACGCCCAUUUCGCGCAAGGUCACGACGGUCGCCUGGGGGUGGAUCAUCCCCGUGGCGAUUCUGUUCAUCAUCUCCUUCCCGCCGCUGUUUGGUCACGAGAUUGUGCUCAUCCUCGUCGGGUUGGUGUACGGCAUCUGGAUCGGAUUCGGCAUCGCCUCGCUCGGCACGCUCCUCGGCGAGAUCGGCAACUUCUAUGCAUUCAAGACCUGCCUUCGGUCGACUGCAGCAAAGUAUGAGCGCAAGAACAUCCACUACGCGUGCAUGGCCGACAUGGUUCGCGACGGCGGGUUCUGGGUCAUGUUUCUGGCCCGCCUCUCGGCCAUCCCGGGCCACUUUACCACCGCAGUGUUUGCCACCGUCGGCAUGAACAUCUUCAUCUUUACGUUUGCCGCCGUGCUUGCGCUGCCGAAGCAGCUGCUCAUCGUAUACCUCGGUGUGGCGAUCAAGAACUCGGGCGAUGGCACGGAAGACACCAAGAGCAAGGUCAUCAAGUACGUCGUGCUGGUGAUCAGUUUUAUUAUCACGGUGUGGACGGCAUACUGGCUGUAUCAGAAGAUGGAGAAGGUGCGUCCGUCGGUGAGCGCGCGAUUGAGGCAGAAGCGGUACGAGCUGCUGCUGCAAGCGCGCACGCCGGGGACGGAAGGCUUCCGGGGCGGCGACAGGGGGCAUGUGUACCCACCGAAUGGCGGCUACGGCAUGUCGCAGUCGCAGGGCGCGCUGGAUGCAAGUUUUGGGUACCGCAAGCCGGAGCAGGCGGAUGAGAGCUACUACAGUGGCCAACACGGGGAUAUCUCGGAUGAGACGUUCAACCAGCCCAGCUUCACCCAGGCUGCCCCCACGAGUCGACAGCAGCCGGUGCUUUCCGCACUGCAAACGUCGUCACCAGCCACGCAGAGGUACGCUCCUGUGCCAGCAUCGCAAACAGCUCCUCCAACAGCUGACCCGACCGAGAGGCAGUACAACGCACAGCCCACCCCUGGGGGUCGCCAACCCAUCUCCGCACCUAUGCAAUUUCACCGACCCAUCCGCCAAAACUCGGCGGUUCCCAGCCCGACAUCGCCAUUCCACGACCCGCCGCGUGCGCCGUUCGACCCCCAGCCAGCACCCGUCAAGGGCAGGGCAGACGACGAACGAGCCCCGCUCACAGGGGUGAAUGGCGAAUGGGCCUCCACCUCGUCCAUUGCGCACAGCGAGGGUCCCCCGCCCGACUACGCGAGUUACGCAGCGCCAAGUGUGCAGUCCCAUUCGAACGCGAGAGGACGGGCUGACCCUAGUGUGCAGAGGUAUCACCUGUCGGAUUGA